AUGGAUAUUAAGGCAUUUUUGGAGUCACCAACCCUACAGGGAUUGGAGAUGGUGAAAAAGGAUGAUUUGAUAAAGAUUGCUACAAAGCUAAACCUUACAGAAGUAAAGCAGUCUAUGAGAAAAGCAGUUAUUCAUAGAAUGAUAGUUGACUAUUAUUUGGAGAAGGAAGUGUUUGAGUUGAGUGAGGUAGUUGAGUUUCCUGAGAGUAAAUCAGUAAUUUCUGAUGUGACUUUUCAACCAGUGGAGUUGGAGGAUCUGGAGGAGGAAGAAUUAGAACAGUUAGAAGAGUUUUCUGGGGGUGAGUCAGAGAGACCUGUUAGACAGGUGCAGAUAGCAAAGAUGGAGUUAGAACAAACGCGACUGAAGGUGGAGUUGGGGCAAAAGAGAUUAGAGGCUGAACGAGAGCAAACCCAGUUGAAGUUAGAGGCCGAACAAAAGAUAACUCAGAUGAAGUUAGAGGCUGAACGGGAACGAGAGCUAACUCGGAUGAAGAUAGAGGCUGAUCUAGCAAUGAAGCAGAUGGAAUUGAAGAGGAUGGAGCUGGAUAGUGAGGAGAAGGAGAAACAGAGGCAGCAUGAUUUACAAAUGAUGCAAAAGAGUGUGGAAUCUGAUUCUGAUGAUGGUUUUUCAGCCAGCAGGGAGGUUCGAUUAGUCCCUCCUUUUGAAGAAGAUCAGGUUGAUCAGUAUUUCCAACAUUUUGAAAAGGUUGCUGUGAGUUCAAACUGGCCAAGGAAAGGAUGGGCUCUUAUGGUACAGAGUGUGAUUAAAGGUAAAGCUCAAAAAGCUUAUUCUGCUUUGUCUGCUGAGGAUGCAGCUGAUUAUACCAAGGUAAAACAAGCUAUUUUGAAGGCCUAUGAAUUGGUACCUGAAGCUUAUAGACAAAAAUUUAGAGACUUGAGGAAAUCUGCAGAUCAGACUUAUAUGGAAUUUGCCAAUGGAAAGAGAAUAUGUUUUGAACGAUGGUACAUGGCUAAAAAUGUAGAUGGGGAUUUUGAUAAAUUGACAGAAUUGAUACUGGUGGAAGACUUUAAAAGAUGUGUUCCAGCUGAAUUAACAACAUAUUUAAAUGAAAAGGCAGUGGAAACUUUACAAGAAACUGCUAGGUUGGCAGAUGAUUAUGCUUUAACCCAUAAAUCCAAAUGGGGACAACCUAAAACCUUUCAAAAGAGUACAAAGACAAUCCAGGUAAACCGGAGAUUAAAUUGGGAGGUAAUCAAAAAAGGAAAGGAUGAAAAGAAGCCAGGGCUGGAGAAACCUGUUGAGCGUACUUGUUAUUACUGUAGGAAACCUGGCCACGUGAUAUCUAAUUGUGCCCUUUUGAAGAAAAAGAAGGAAGCUGGGCCCAAUGCUUGCUUUCAGACAAUUAAAAAUCAAAAAGGUUUAGGAGAUGCUGUUAAAGAUCAGUCCUUGCAAGAGGGAAAAGCGGAAAAGUUGGAGGAGGUGAGAAAAGAAUUCUGUUCGUAUGUAUCAGAGGGUUUUGUUUCACUGAAUGAUGAGUCACCCCAGGUGCCAGUGAAAAUUCUUAGAGAUACUGGGGCUAGUCAAUCUCUCUUGCUGGACAGUGUUUUAAAUUUUGGUGAAGAAAGUGACACUGGUGAAGUAAAUCUAAUAUGAGGCGUUACAGAUGACACCAUGUCUGUCCCUUUUCACAGGGUGAUUUUAAAGUCAAAGUUCGUAGAAGGACCAGUCGAGAUAGGGAUAAGACCUAGUUUGCCAGUGGAAGGAGUUUCUUUGUUAUUGGGGAAAUGACCUUGCAGAUGGAGAAAGUGAUCCUGUGGUACGGUUAACGACCAAACCAAGGAUUGAUGAGUCUGAGAAUGAUCCAGAUGUUUACCCAUCAUGUGCGGUGACUCGAGCUAGAGCUAAAGAAUUAGCCAAGACAGACAGUCCGAUGCAGUCUGAUGUGGUUCCUUGUGACAGUCCUAAACAGGAAGAAAAUUAUGAUGCCUUAUCUGAGACUUUUCUGUCUUCACUGGAGGAUCAACAUCCUUAUAGUGAGCCUGAAUUUAAAGAUUUGUCUUUGUCGAGGAAGGAUUUUAUGGUGGAACAGACAAAGGACCCUGAGUUGACAGAAUUGAAAGAAAAAGCUCUCUCAUGUGAGGAGAUUGAAAAAGUGCCAAUUGGAUAUUAUGUCAAAAAUGGAGUUGUUAAGAGAGCAAUGGGUUAAUGAGGAAGUGCACUUGAGUCUGUUGGACUAUGUCCAAAAAUUUAAAACUCGGUUGGAGAGAGUCUGCCAGCUAGCGAGAGAGAAUUUGAAAACCAGCCAGAUAAGAAUGAAGACAUAUUUUGAUAGACGUGCUCGGCCUAGGACAUUUGCAGUGGGGAAAAAGGUGUUGGUAUUUUUCCCUAGCCAAAAUAAUCCCUUGCAAUCUCGUUUUUCUGGACCCUAUGUUAUUGAAUCUCGAGUGACUGAUUUAACAUAUAUAAUCAAAACACCAGAUAGACGCAAGAAAACACAACUCUGUCAUGUAAACAUGCUAAAACCUUGUUAUGAGAGGGAUUCAGUGGUGGCCUUGGUGGAUGAUGUAAAGGUUGUUUCUAGAAUGCCUGAUGUUGAUGUUGAGGAAGGCCAAUUUAGACCAAAUAUUGUUCCAUUAAAACUAAAAAACCAAAAUAUCAUGGAGAACCUUGAAACGAAGUUGGACCAUUUACAAGUUUCACAAAAACAACAGAUGAGAGAAUUAAUUUUAAAAUUUAAAAAUCUGUUCCCAGAUGUUCCAAACAGAACAUCGAUAAUUACCCAUGAUGUUGAUGUUGGGGAUGCAAAACCAAUCAAACAACACCCAUAUCGAAUGAAUGUGGAAAAAAGUAAACUUGUUGAUCAGGAAAUAAAAUACAUGUUGGAGAAUGAUAUUAUUAGACAUUCUACUUCAAAUUGGAGUUCGCCCUGUGUUAUUGUACCUAAACCUGAUGGAACUGUUAGAUUUUGCACAGAUUACAGGAAAGUGAAUGCUGUAACAAAGUCAGAUGCUUACCCUAUUCCUAGGGUGGAUGAUUGCAUAGAUAGAGUGGGAAAGGCAAAAUUUCUUACAAAGAUUGACCUAUUAAAAGGGUACUGGUGUGUUCCAUUAACAGAUAGAGGAAGGGAGAUUUCAGCCUUUGUAACCCCUUCUGGAUUGUAUGAAUACAAUGUUUUGCCAUUUGGAAUGAAAAAUGCUCCGGCAACAUUUCAAAGAAUGAUUAAUUCAGUGAUUCAUGGGUUAAAACAUACAGAUGCCUACAUUGACGACUUAUUGACUGGGAAUGAUACUUGGGAAGAUCACAUAUCUGCGUUAGAAAGGUUGUUUGAAAGACUUUCUGAGGCUAACCCUACAGUUAACUUGGCUAAAAGUGAAUUUGGCCAUGCCACUGUGACGUAUCUUGGUUAUGUUGUAGGUCGAGGCAAGCAAGCUCCUGUUCAGGCAAAAGUUCAAGCAAUAUUUGAGUUCCCUAUUCCCACAGGUACGAGGACUGUUAUAAGAUUUUUGGGAAUGGUUGGAUAUUACCGAAAAUUUUGUAAAAAUUUUGCUGAUAUUGCUCUUCCCCUAACUAAUCUUCUGAAGAAGGGAGUAAAGUUUGUUUGGACAGAUUCUUGUCAAGAAGCAUUUGAGAAGCUGAAAGCCAUUUUAUGCUACCAUCCUGUGCUCAAAACACCUGACUUUGAAAAGCCAUUUUCAUUAGCAGUAGAUGCCAGUGAUGAAGCUGCAGGAGCUGUGUUGUUGCAGAAGGGUGACCUUGAUGAUAUUGACCAUCCUGUAGCUUACUUUUCAAAGAAAUUUAAUGAGCAUCAAAAGAAUUAUUCCACCAUAGAGAAAGAAUUACUGUCGCUUGUUUUAGCCUUGCAACAUUUCAGUGUAUAUGUCUGCACUGCUCAGAAACCAUUGACUGUAUAUACAGAUCAUAACCCAUUGGUGUUUCUGAGCCGAGUCAAAAACAAGAACAGAAGGCUGUUAAACUGGAGUUUAAUUUUGCAAGAGUUUGAUCUCAUGAUAACUCACAUUAAAGGCAAAGAUAAUGUGAUUGCUGAUUAUCUUUCCCGAUGUUAAAUGGGAAACAUGUAGCUGUACUAAUCUGAUAGUCUCUAGUUGUGUAGCAUGAUAAUUAUUAACAUUACUAACUGUAUGCACGGUUAAAAUUUUCUUGGGAAAAUUUUUUUUAGGUGGGAGGUGUUACGGACUCAGUGAAAGUCCCUUUAAGAUAGAGAGUGUGUGUGUAUGUGUGUGUGGGGCGUGCUUACGUCAAUAGAAGAUAAAGGACGUAAUGACGUUGUUGAAGAAGUUAGAAGAAGGAGGGCGAGAGAGAGAGAAGGGAGAGAGACACCAGCCUGCUAGUUUUCUCUAUCGAUGCAUGAGAAACAAUAACUAUGUCUGCCACUGAAAUCCAUGUAUGGAAGUUGGAAGUAAUCCGGUGGAGUUCACUUUGUUGCUGACCUGUAGAAGGAAACAGGUAUUUGUGUGUGAACGACCACGAUUCAGAUGCUUUUCGGGGUGAGGAAGUCACUACCGAGUAAACACUGAAGUGUCGCUUGGGUUCCAUCGUGGAACAUUUGGAUCUCGUAUUUACUCUCCCUAUGUUUCUCUACAUCUACGUCUUAUCUUCAGACAACGGUGGUUGUUGAAGAAGCCCUUGCUCAUGUUUCACCUUAUGGCUUGCGGAACUGAACUUUAAGAACCAUUCCUGAACUUGGAGUUUGGGACUUUGUCACACACACACGACGAGUUUAGUUUUGGGGUUAAUGUUCGAGGUUUAACAUUUUUGAAUUCUAACAUACUAACAUUUUUACUUUUAUUUUACGUAUUAUUAUAAGUAGUGACUAAUAAAAUAGUUUUUAACACUGAA